AAUAACAUUCCACGCAUGAAAACGGACAGAAAGCCGCGGGCUUAGCAACCAAAAUGGCGAAGUCUGCGGGCGUGUCACCGGGGUUAAAAGUGCACUUGGUCGUUAUGUUCUUUGCUUCGCUGUUCCUGUUCCCGUACAACUGUCGUUCGGAUAAAGAGUCAGACACAAAUAUAAAUCUGCAGCCAUUACAAGAAAAACAACUGCCUUCAAGUGAGUCUGUGCCCACCCCAGGGAAGACGGACACAACGCCACAGCUCCUUGGUGUUGCAGAGAAGGAGCCUCCCAAAAUGUCAGAGCAGAAAGCUGCCGAGCUGACCGUGAACAGCAGUGUCACCACGCCCUCUCCUACCAAGAGUCCCAACAGAAGUGCAGCAACUCCACUCAAAGCCCCUACAAGUACCCGGGGUACCCCCAAACCCACCUCAUCAGCGCCGAAAGUAGCCUUCACCCCAGUGGCCAGACCCACGAGCAUUCGCAGCUUGGAAGCCGAGCAGCCCGAGCAAUUUGAUUACGAUGAAGAUACCACCAAAAACCUCAUGGGUGACCUAGACAUGGAAAUGGACAGCUACAACUAUGAGCAGGAUCUGCAGAGUGGCCCCAGCAAGGCUGACAUGGAUGGUGAUGAUGGUAUGGACCAAGACAGAGAGGUGGACUUUUUAAAGAAUAUGGACAAAGACUUGGAAGCACUGAAUCAAGCUGAAAAUAUGGGUAAGAUUGCUGUGCAGCUAAAGGCCACCACCAUCUACCAAGGCCAGAAUGAGGACUCCCACUUCUUCUUCCACUUGGUCAUCAUUGCAUUCCUGGUGGUCAUUGUUUACAUCACCUAUCACAACAAGAGAAAGAUACUCCUCCUGGCCCAAAGCAGGAGAUGGAGGGAUGGGCUGUGCUCCCACAGUGUGGAGUACCACCGGCUGGAUCAGAACGUCAACGAGGCCAUGCCUUCACUCAGGAUAACCAACGAUUACAUCUUCUAAACGGAGAAGAGAAGUCCUGAUGAGAAGAUUGCAUGAAUGCUUGACUUUUGAGUGUAAUAUAUCUGUUUGUGAGAUCUAUCCUAUGAUGCUACAGAAGUGGUUGGUGUAAGGAAGGUCAAGGAACUUCAUUCAUAUCAAUCUCACAAACAAAGGCAGGAUUAAUUUGGUAGAAAGGUUUCAUCUCAGCUUUGCGCACACUUCUAUAAAUAUUUAUAUGUAGCUGGUUAGCUUGGGAACCCAUGUACAUGACAAAAUCCCUCUGGCCAAGGACAGAAAUGACUCUGUUGUGAAAUUCUGUAGCAUUGCAGGGAGCUUCAGAGAUGAAUAUUAACGUCCCUAGGAUGGCACAACAAUAUUCAUUUGAAAAUAUUAUGUUAUUAUGAAAAAGUAGUAUGUUGCCUGUUUGAAGAUUAUCAAGAAAUGUUAUAUUAAGCUGCACUGUAUCAGACAAACACAAUGUAUGAUGUACUAUCGGUUAUUUUCGGGCAUGGAGCAAAAUCAUUCUUCUUUUACUGCUUGAUUAAAUAGUUAUAAUUUGACUCAUGAUAAUUCAAACUGGUUAGUGGUUAAUGAUGAUGAUUUGCGUGAGCUAUAAAUACUUAUCAUGUAUGUAUAAAUACUUAUCAGAAUCCAUAGUCUUUCAUGGAUGAACUAUUCUGUAACUUGGAUAUGAAGAUGCAAUUAUUCCAGAAGUUAAAAAAUAUCUCUUUGACUGGUUACAGUUUUAUUGUGUUUGUAUGACGGUCUGAACACGAACAUUGUAUGAAAAUGUAGCAUUUCUAUUAACUGUUCUGAGGAAUCAUCCAGCCAUGUGAUCCUGUAAUGGGUAAUCAGUCCUGAUUUUUGUGUGCGUGUGUUUGUAAUGGUCUUUGUUGCAAAACAAAGUAAUGCAUUUGGAAUUUUAUAAUACACUUCUGUGCAUUUAGUGGUAAAUUUAUAGUUUGUAUGUAUUUAAGUAUAUUUAACUAUAUAUAUAUUUUUUUUUUGGGGGGGGGGGGUGUCCUGAAUGAAUGGCUUGUAAAGUCAUACUUGGCUGGAGUGAGUGAGUGGAUGUUCUGUUUGAUGUCAGCAUGUUAUGCACACGUUCCUCCACCUAUGAUUCUUAUGUACUAUAAUAAUGGCAAUACAAGAGUGUUGUAUUUAUAGGCAGUUUUUUUUUAAGUUUUACAUUUAAUGAGACAAAUUUCUUAUUAAAGUAAAAUUUGUGCUAAAUCAUUUUUGCAGCGCAGUAAAGUUUGUGUAGCAUUUUAGCAUGUAGUGAUUACUACACCUGUCUGCUAAAAAGGAACGGUUUGUCGGGAUACAGGAAAUGAGCGAUGGCGUGUUAAUCGUAUCGGUUGUCGCAUAAUUAUUUUUAUGUAAUAUAUUUUAUGUUUAUAUUUUGAAAUGGUUUCUUAUUGGUGUCAUAUUUGUGCUUGGAAAAACUGUCAGUCAUAGCAGUUAUCAACAUUGUGUGGCUAUGGAGUCGCCACUCAAAAGCUGUUCUAAAAUAAAAUUGACAUCUGGUGUUGAAUUGUG